AUGAUCUCCAAGAUUGUCCACUACACUGCCGACGCUGUCCUUGUUUCUGCUGUACUUGCGGGCAUCAAGCGUAGCACUGGUUUGAGUGUCGCCACACACAAGAUUGAGAGCGAGGAUGUUCGUACCUACGUUGAUAAAUACCUGACAGUUGGCGAGUGGGUCGUUGACCAAGGAGCUGCAUUUUUGUCCACUUCUCAGUACUUUGAGCGCAAGCGGUAG